CGCGUCCUUCUUUCCAACCUCGGCGUUCCACAAACGAAAAAUAACCUCCUGAGAGUUGGAACCCAUCUGGGAAACACAAUGGAUAAACGGACUGAGAUCAACGAGGCUCCAGAGGCUGUGGAGAUGGAUGUCGUGAAGGAGCACAUGAACUAUGAUCUGGUGGAUCGUGAGGUCGCCGAGUACGCAAAUGAGACAAUCGUGGAGGUCGACGAGGCCACCAGCCGCCGACUCAAAAGACUUAUCGACAAGCGGGUGAUGGUGGUCAUGGUCAUCACAUAUUUGGUUCAAACCUUGGAUAAAGGAACGAUGUCUUACGCCUCGAUCAUGGGCAUUCAAGCAGACGCCCACCUGGUGGGCCAGCAGUAUUCAUGGAUGACAACAAUUCUGUACAUGAUAAUCUUGGUGGUGGAGUUUCCGGAAAACUACAUCAUUCAACGGGUGCCCAUCGCCAAGUGGCUGUCGGGUAACAUCAUCUUGUGGGGAAUCACGCUCGCACUUCAGGCUGCAAUGAAGAAUUUCGAAGGCCUUAUUACCCUACGAGCCUUCCUCGGUGUAUUCGAAGCCACCAGUCAACCAGCGUUUACUCUAUUAUCGUCCAUUUGGUACACCCGAGAGGAGCAGGGUGGCGCGGUCACCUUCUGGUUUAUGAUGAACGGACUGAAUCAAAUUCUUGGUGGUCUCCUAGCGUUUUGCUUCUCGUUCGUUCCCGCCACCUCGCCGAUCAGCUCGUGGCAGGCGCUCUUCAUGACGUAUGGUAUUCUGACUGUUAUAUGGGGCGUCUUUGUGGGCUGGUGGAUGCCCGACUCGCCCAUGAGGGCGCACUGUUUCACUGAAAAUGACAAGCGUCUCAUGGUGGAGCGUGUGCGCCGCAAUCGCACUGGCUUGCAAAAUCGCAAGUUCCGCAAGGAACAAGUGUGGGAAGUUGUCAAAGAUCCGCAGGUUUAUGCCAUUGCCCUUAUUCAGCUAUUGCUCACUAUUCCUUCUGGCGGUCUCGGCGCCUUCAACAACAUCAUCGUCAAGUCAUUCGGAUUCACCACCUGGCAAACCCAGCUUCUCCAAAUGGUUUCCGGCGUCGUUCAGCUCACCGCCAUGCUCGGGGCUGUUUGGGUUGAGAAACGAUAUAAGCAAACAAUUUUCCCCAUGAUGGCCUCGGUGGUGCCCACAAUUGCCGGUGUCAUUGUGCUCCUCACUGUUCCAUUUUCCCAUGAUAAGCGAGUCGGCCUUCUCUUCGCAUAUUAUAUUAUGAUAGCUUACUGGGGUUGUGCUGGUCUCGCUCUCUCGAUUGUGACCCGCAAUAUCGCUGGACAGACCAAGAAGAGCGUGGUCAUCGCCGUUAACUUUGUGUUCUGGGCUGUCGGCAAUGCGAUCGGCCCGCAGACCUUCCGCUCCAAGAAUGCGCCACGCUAUUUCCCAGCACUUGCGGCUGUGUUAGGCUGUUUUGUGCUCUUGGAGGUGGUUCUUCUUUCGCUGCGCACAUGGUAUGUCAGUGAGAAUAAGAGACGCGAUCGAAAAAUUGAGCAAGGGGAAGUAACAGCGGAUACGGCGUUUGCCCACUCCUUCGAGGACGUCACCGAUCGAGAGAACCCCCACUUCCGCUACGUCUAUUGA